AUGAGUGUUCAUGAACAACCUUUUUUUCUUUCUGUAAUUGGAAACUGGAUAGAUUUGUUCUUUGAUCAGGAUGGUGUAAUCUCUGCAUGGAGAGUCAGCUCUGAAAGUAAGCCCCCCUUUGAACUGAUUGCAUCACUAAGAGGUCACACUAAAGCUGUAGUUUGUCUGAGUAUUGGUCGGAAUAUGUUGUACUCAGGGUCCGUGGAUCAUAGCAUAAAGGUUUGGGACCUUGAUACAUUGCAGUGUGAAAGGACACUCAAUGGACAUACUGAGGUAGUCACAUCCCUUAUUUGUUGGGAGCAGUAUUUGUUAUCAAGUUCAUCCGACUGCACUAUUAAGGUCUGGUGUUUCACGAAGGAGGGAACUUUCGAAGUAACAUAUGAGCACAGAGAGGAAAAUUGUGUUCUUGCACUUUGUGGGAUGAUUGAUGCAGAAGCCAAACCCAUACUGUAUUGCUCGUGCAGAGACAAUUCAGUUCGCAUGUAUGAUUUGCCAUCAUUUUCAGAAAGGGGUAGGCUAUUUUCGCAAAAAGAUGUUCGGUCAUUACAUAUAGGUCCUGAUGGGUUUGGGCUUUUCUUCACUGGAGAUGAGUCUGGUUUGCUAAAUGUCUGGAAAUGUUUGGAAGAGCCCAAGGUGCCAUGAGAAAUGUCCAUUUUCCCCAUCAACUGGUCUCUUUUUUACACCAAAUGUCCAGAUUGAAUUUUCU